ACCUCCUCCCCCGUCGGUGGAACUGCGAAGUCAAUCUCUCUCUCUAUCUCUCAAUAAACUCGAACCCUGUACCCAAUUUCUCUCACCACUCACAAGAACCCAACAAUGGCCUCGUUCCAAUUCUUCUCUCUCUUAAUCUUCACCUUCGUUCUGCUCAUCACACCAACCCUCUCUGAAAUACGGCUCACCGAGAUCCGAUCCGACGACAGACCCACCAUCCCCUUCGACGAAUUUGGAUUCACCCACUCCGGCCAACUCGACCUCGAUGUCACCCAAAUCCUCCUCGAAUACCCUACCCAAAACCCCAAUCCCGAUCUCUCCCAAAUCGGGUUCUUCCUCUGCACUCGAGACUCUUGGCUUCACGUCCUCGAACAGCUCCAAGAAGGCGAAAUCCAUUGCUAUCUCAAAUCCAAUCUCGUCAAACUCUUCUUCACUUUGGACAAAAUUCGACCCUUAGACAAUCACUUCAACAGCACCGUCAAAGUCACCGACGCCAAUCAGUUCACUCUGGUCUUAGCCAAUUGUAUUCCAAACCUCAAGAUUUCAAUGAAUGUUCACUCAUCUAUGUACAAUAGGAACCCCAAAACUGGUCAGCGUGUUUAUUUGUCCGCCGGUAAAACGUCUCUCCCCGUCAUUUUCUUUUUGUUUUUCUUGGUAUACAUGACAUUGGGUGGUGUAUGGGCUUAUACUUUAUACCAUGCUAAAAGAUCAGCAUCUGUUUACGGGAUUCACUUCUUCAUGCUUGGGGUUGUGAUUUUGAAGGCUUUGAAUCUCUUGUGUGAGGCCGAGGAUAAAUCGUAUAUUAAGAAAACCGGUAGCGCUCAUGGUUGGGAUGUUGUUUUCUAUAUUUUCAGUUUCUUGAAGGGAAUUACAUUGUUCACAUUGAUAGUUUUGAUUGGGACUGGUUGGUCGUUCUUGAAACCGUAUUUGCAAGGUAAGGAAAAGAAGGUUUUGAUGAUUGUGAUACCUUUACAAGUUGUUGCGAAUGUUGCCCAAGUGGUGAUUGAUGAGACUGGGCCUUAUGGGCAGGAUACAUAUACGUGGAAACAAGUGUUUUUGCUUGUUGAUAUCCUUUGUUGUUGCGCGGUUUUGUUUCCGAUUGUUUGGUCUAUUAAGAAUUUACGUGAGGCAGCCAGGACGGAUGGGAAGGCUGCAGUGAAUUUGAUGAAGUUGACACUGUUCAGGCAGUACUACGUAUUCGUUAUAUGUUACAUUUACUUUACACGGGUUGUGGUUUAUGCUUUGAAAACUAUAACUUCGUAUCGGUAUCAAUGGACGAGUGAGGUAGCAGCUGAAUUGGCUACACUUGCCUUUUAUGUGUUUACGGGGUAUAAUUUUAGGCCUAAGGUGCACAACCCUUAUUUUGCCAUCGAUGAUGAAGAGGAGGAAGCUGCUGCUGAGCAACUCAAGCUUGAUGAUGAAUUCGAAUUGUGAGUCUGCAUUUUGGAGGUUGAAGAGAGAAUAAGCAAGGCCAAGGUAGGAAUAAUCCAAUACCAAACCCGUUUAUGAUUUUAAUAUCAAUGCAUGAACUCGUUUUCCAUAUUAUAUGCUGUGUAAUUCCACAUACUCUGCUGUUGUAUUAUUUUCACGCGUUUUGAAUUGUGCUUUGGCAAUAUAGUAUUCGAAAUAUAGGAUAUUGUUGUUUAUGAAUUAGAAGAAUGGAGAGAUAUGGGAAGUUGCUUGCUUCAAACUCUGGUGAAAGGUUGUCUCCUUGAUGAUCUUAUACUUGCUAGUUUUUUUUGUCAAUUUCAGUAAAACAUGUGCAUGAGCAAAUGCAAAUAAACUUGUAUUGUUCAUUGGGACUUGGGAGUAUUCCAAUAGCAAGGUUUGGAAUAUUAAUGGUGUGAAAUAUGCUUUUUGCAUGUAGUUUGGUACAAGCUAUGAUUUGUGCUGCUGCAUAUUUCUCGGUAAGAUCUCUGUCUCUUGUUGAAUUUUGUACUAACCCUGUUUCCGGUGGUAAAACUUGAUUAUAUCAAACUAAUUUGGUAUUGUAAAAUAAUGCACUGUGAGAGGAUGUGUCUGGUUUUACCGACUUAUGAGAGCAUAUCGUUUU